AAGAUGUCGGCGCCCAGGACUGGCCUCCUGAUCUUCAGCCGAGGCUGUAUGACUGGCUGUCAUGGAGUUUUCUGUGCACCAGUCAAUCGUAUCUACUUACUCAAGCAGUCAAGUAGUCAACAAAGAAGAUGUUUCUUUUUCCAUAGACAAAGAAAUACUUCUCACAGUAUAGUUUCACCAGCUGCAGUUUCUUCAGCUCAUCCGGUUCCAAAGCACAUAAAGAAGCCAGACUAUGUGACGACAGGCAUUGUACCAGACUGGGGAGACAGCAUAGAAGUUAAGAAUGAAGAUCAGAUUCAAGGGCUUCGUCGGGCUUGUCAGCUGGCCCGUCAUGUCCUCCUCCUAGCUGGAAAGAGUUUAAAGGUUGGCAUGACAACUGAAGAGAUAGAUUCUCUUGUUCACCAGGAAAUAAUCACACAUAAUGCCUAUCCCUCACCUCUUGGCUACGGAGGUUUUCCAAAAUCUGUUUGUACCUCUGUAAACAACGUGCUAUGUCAUGGUAUUCCUGACAGUCGACCUCUUCAGGAUGGAGAUAUUAUCAACAUCGAUGUCACAGUGUAUUACAAUGGCUACCACGGAGACACUUCUGAAACGUUCUUGGUGGGCAAUGUGGAUAAAUAUGGUAAAAAGUUAGUGGAGGUUGCCAGGAGAUGUAGAGAUGAAGCAGUUGCAGCUUGCAGAGCAGGGGCUCCCUUCUCUGUAAUUGGAAACACAAUCAGCCGCAUAACAUAUCAGAAUGGCUUGCAAGUUUGUCCUCAUUUCGUUGGGCACGGAAUUGGAUCUUAUUUCCAUGGACACCCGGAAAUCUGGCAUCAUGCGAAUGACAGUGAUUUGGUAAUGGAAGAAGGGAUGGCGUUCACGAUAGAGCCAAUCAUCACGGAGGGAUCUUCGGAGUUUAAAGUUCUGGAGGAUAAAUGGACAGCAGUCUCUACAGACAAUAAAAGAUCAGCCCAGUUUGAACAUACCAUCGUCAUUACAUCAGAAGGAGCAGAGAUCCUGACAAAACUGUUAGAAGAAGCUUAAAAGGAAAGUUUAGGUGAAUGGAGAGUGGGGAGGCCCACUGGGGCCGCGGGAGAGGAGAGGCACUCCUGACUCUUCACUCCGGGUCAUUUUCCUCCUUGGAAACUCACCCCGGCUCGCCCCCGCACGAGGGAGGCCGUGGACCAAGACGAAAGUUAGUGCGGGGCCAGAAACAAGCCGCGUGGGUCCGGCCAUUCUCGAGGGCCAAGGAGCUGGCGACCUUCUUGUUUCAUGAGGACGUGUUCGGUGUAAUCCCCGCACCAA